UGCUAAAGAUUUCCACAUAGAAAUAUUCUGAAAGAAUUUGAUAGCCUGAUUAAAAAUAAAUAUCACUAAUUAUGUAUAUGUACAUAAAUAAGUACAUUAAAUGUGUUUUCUAGCGAAUUUUAUAGUUUCAAUUACAGGGGAUUUCCCGAUUUCUGAAAGAGGGUAACCGGAGCAGUGGCUGAUUUUUAUAGAUAUGUAUACGGUUUUUCAAUUAACUACAUUGUCAAAAAAUCAGUAGUUGUUUCCGGCUUACAAAAAUACAUAGUUUUUUUUAAAAAUAAAUUUUAAGUCUAACGAAAUGUCGGAAAAGCGGAAGCUCCUCCAGCGGUGUAUGAAAAACCUGAAUGCUUUACAAGAUGAGCUCAAGCGAAAGGAGUUAGAGAAGAAGAUGAAGGAACUGGAGUCGUUGCAGUGUGAUCUAGCUCGUCGCCAGGAGCAAUCUGGUACUAAGUGCGCUGGCGGUAAGAUCAAGGAACUGCGUCAGAAAACGUUACAGAAGGUCUUAGGGAAGUAUAUGAAGACCUUAGAAGGAUUUCUUUGUCAGCUGGCCCGCCGGGAGGCACGUCUCAAUGGAGACAAGGGUCGAGCCAGUGAAUCUGAAAAUCUGCCGCAUCCCGAAAUGUUGGAGGAGUAUACGGUGGCGUUCUGUUCUGUUGGCGAAGAUGGUCGUGAGCUGCUGGAAGCAGCGCUUUCCGCCCGCAGGUGCGCCUAUGCGCCGUACAGCAAGUUUAAAGUAGGUGCUGCCUUUCGUGCUAAGUGCGGUAGGAUCUACACGGGAUGCAAUAUCGAAAACGUAGCGUUCACUCCUGGUAAUUGUGCGGAGCGGUGUGCUCUGGCUAAGGGAAUUAGCGAAGGCGAGAUGAAAUACACGGCGGGUGCUGUUGUGGCAUAUCAUCCCGAUGGGUUUACCACACCUUGCGGUGUCUGUCGCCAGUUCAUCCUCGAGUUUGUACACAAGGACAUUCCCAUCUAUAUUGCAAAAGCACCGCCACCGGAGCAGGAGAACUGCAUUCCUGCGAUUCAGGAUGAGGAUGAGGUACUGGUGACUUCCGCCUACCACCUGCUUCCAUACAGCUUCAACUCAUUUGAAUGAUUUCCGAUCUAAUGGACAAAAUUUCAAAUUUAAUAUUUAUGAACCAUUGUACGACUCUUUUCCUAAAUCGUUUUGGAUAUACUAUUUUAAUUCAAGAUUUUAUGAACUACAGUAGAAGCGGUCUC